GAUUAUAGUUAAUUAACCCCUAGCCUUCCCCAGCAGCAAUUGAAAGUAGCCUCACUACUCAGGCCCCUGUAGCCUACCUCAUGAACCAUGAACCGUCAGAGAGAAGUUAUUUUUUGGACAGUUUCUGUUUUAUGUGUUGUCUUUGCAAAUAAUGACAUCCAAACCGAAUGUGGGAAAGGCUCUGUGUUGGUGAAAUGGACAGUGGGACCAGAGCUGUCUAACAAUGCGUCUCGGCUCUUUCUUGGGAGCUGUUAUGCAUCUGCCUUCUACCCGCUUCCUGGUGGUGGGGGGCAAGCAGUCUUCCAUUAUCAAUUUGAUGACUGUAAUUUCAGAAAGCUGAUGAUUGAAGAUAAGGUGAUCUACAAAACCACACUUGCAUUCAGGCCUAGGCCAAAGCCUAAACCAGCUGCACAGUCAUUUCUUGUUGAAUGUGUAUAUAAAAGUAAGGGUUGGGUUCCUCCCUUUCUGGACCCUGGUUUUGCUCGUGUGCAGGGCCACAGCCAGCUCUACUUUCACAUGGGGAUCCUUAAUGAGGACCUCACUGGCCCAGCACAGUCCAACUCUUUUCCUCUGGGAUCGUUCAUCCCUGUCUGGGCCUAUGUGGAACAGCACGCCCAUCAGCCUUUGCUGCUGCUCCUGGAUGAGUGUGUUGCAUCAAACAGCAUAGAGCUGGAGCCAACAACACCGGUCCAUCCAAUCAUCACUAACCAUGGGUGCCUCACUGAUGGGAGGAAUGGAAACUCAAAGUUCCUACCCAGAUACGAGUCCUCUGCUGUAAUUCUUUACUUGCAAGCCUUUAGAUUGUCUCUGGAAAAGGAGGUAUACAUCCACUGUAAACUUGUAGCUUGGGACCCAAAUAGUUUUGAUGAGGGCAGGAAGAUGUGCAACUUCAACAAAGAAUCUGAAGGGUGGGAACUUUUGGAUGAUCCCUCUGGGAGUCGAGUUUGCCAUUGCUGUGACUCGUUCUGCAAACACCGCAUAAGACGGGAUGUGGAUUCCGAACCUCAAGGGCUUGUUCAGAAUGCAGUACUGGGGCCACUGAUAAUUGAAGACUAAUUCCAGGAAACCAACCAAAGAUGUGGAAUAGAAGUGAUGUGGAGAUCAGUGUUGCACUGUCCUUACUGACAGGUCACGAAAGCUCGAAGUGCACCUACCUCCAUCUCGUACUUCAUGAGUUUGAAAUAAACAUUUUCAUUUUGGGA